AUGAUUCUUUUCAUCAUCUUGCAUCUUGGAAUUGGCGCUGAAGCAAUUUUCUUCAAACAAGCUUCUACCAACGUUUCAAGUUGUGAUGAAAUACCUGGCUUCAAGAAUCUCGGUGGAUCUUGUUAUGCGGCAAUUGAAGUGAAGAACACAUAUGAAAAAGCCCGUGAAGCCUGCAAGGAACUCCAUUCAAAAGCCGAUCUCGCGUCAAUUCGUUGUGAAAAGGAGAAUGGUUUGGUGGCAGAUAUGGCGAAAUAUCCGCUCGGAAAGAAAUGUAAUGGCUAUGGAAUGGAAUCUUUUCGUUUUACAUCACUUGAUGGCGCCUGGAUCGGUCUGAAUAACAUGCAGCCGAACUCAAGUGGGACAUGGGUGAAUGGAAUCGAAUCGGGCUAUAGAAAAUGGGACUACGGAGAGCCAAAUAAUGGCCUUGGAGCUCGUCCUGAAACAGUCACUGCUAUGCACAUCAAAGCUACAUAUCGACGAUACGGAUCACUGGGUUUUUGGAAUGAUAUGUAUGCUGAAGAUAGGAUGUGUGGAGCGAUUUGUGAAGUGAUUGUGAAAACAAGCGGCAGCAGCUGUCCAGGAUACAAGCCAUACCCACAAUCGGAAGUGGUGGUGAUUUAU